AGGACAGUAGAGGAGAUUAUUCUUUCUGACAGCCAGGGUUACUGAUGCUGGCUGUAAUAUAACUUUGCGCUGUCUGUUUGGAUGAACUAGUGAUGGUCUGGAGACUGACUGCUUUAGCUUUUGCAUGCUCUCUGCUGCAUGUAGACACAGGUGUACAGUAUGGGAAACGUGCUCAGAGUACACGGACUUUCUCCAGGCCUUCUUCAGUUCCAGAGGAACAGAAAGGCAAUUAUCGUGCAAAACGGGAUACACGGUCCCCCAAGUCAGACUUUGUAGAAUAUUUAACUCCUCUUAGUGCCAAAGAGCAUGUGGCCCUGGCGAGCACCACAUACGAGACAGUCUUUCAUGGAGAUGAUGGCUCUAGUUUUACUCUAACAUGGGUAGGAGUUGAAACUGGGGUUAUUCUGGUUUUGUCCACAGUCAGUGCUUCACUGGAAUCCUAUUUUGAACGUGGCUCCAAUCGGCUUUACAGGAGUGAAGAUUAUGGAAAAUCCUUUCAUGACAUCUCAUAUGCCAUCAACAAUUCCUUCAUAAGAACGGACUUUGGGAUAUCUGUAGGCCCCAGGAAUUCACAGCAGGUGAUUUUGACAGCUGAGUUGCCCAUCGCAAAUGUACCAGGAGGAGUUAUAUUUACUUCCACAGACUCAGGAAAAACCUUUAGAUCAGUAGAGCUGCCAUUCCACCCAGCUCAACCCAUUUCGUUCCAUCAUCACAACCCAGAUUGCCUGCUGGUCAUCAGCACAGAGGGACAUCUAUGGCUCUCGCAAAACUUUGGGCGCAGCUGGUCAAAAAUCCAUGAUGGAGUUUACUCUUUUACAUGGGGACCAGGCUUCACUCUUUUCUUCAGUUAUAGCUCUAAAGGCACAGUGGAGGCAGACAAGCGAGGAAAUCUUUAUCUGAGACGCACACUGGACCUGGGCAGAACCUUCACUAUUAUUGCUCAAAAUAUCUUCUCCUUUGGCUACAUUGGAGGUUUCCUUUUUACAUCAGUCAUGGAGAAUCCGGGUUCUCCUCGUGUUAUUUAUGUGUCUUUGGACCAUGGUGAUCAAUUCACCAAAGCUUUGCUCCCAUCAGCCACCUCAGAGCAGUUCUACUCAGUUUUGGAUGGAGAUGAAGAUAUGAUCUUCAUGCAUGUGGAUAGCCCUGGAGAUGACACAUAUUUUGGGACGGUGUAUACGUCUGAUGACCGUGGCAUCCUGUACACCAAGUCUCUUGAACGGCAUCUAUUUGGUGGCCAAAGGAAGAGUGACUUUACAAAUGUGACAUCAUUGCGAGGAGUGUAUCUUACCAAUGUCUUAGAGGAGGAUGGGCGAAUUUGCACAGUCAUCACAUUUAAUAAUGGGGGAAAAUGGUGGCCACUAAAAAAGCCAAAAAAUAUGGAAUGUGAAGAAAGCUUGAAAAGGUGUAACUUGCACAUUCAUGGAGAGCACAGCCUUUACAGCGGCAUCUCCCCCAUGCUGCCUCUGUCUGAUCCGUCUGCUGUUGGCCUGAUCAUUGCUCAUGGCAAUGUGGGGAAAUCCAUUUCAGCAUCUAAGCUAGACGUGUACGUUUCCUCGGAUGGAGGGUACAACUGGAUAUGUGCACUGAGGGGUCCACACCACUACAGCAUACUGGAUUCAGGAGGUUUGAUUGUGGCUGUGGAGGUUCGCAGAAAUCAACAGACAAAUGCUUUAAAGUUUUCUACAGAUGAGGGUCAAUGUUGGAAGACUUAUAAUUUCACAGAGCAUCCCAUUUUCUUUGCGGGACUUACAUCCAAGCCCGGCACUAAGACUCUGAAUAUUAGUGUGUUUGGGUACCGGCCUGAUGAUGAUGAUCAGCCCACGUGGGUUGCAGUGACCAUAGACUUUGAGCAGCUUCUAACCAGAGAAUGUGGUGAGAAGGACUACAUAAAGUGGUUGGCUCAUUCUGAUGAGGAAAAAAGAAAAUCAGAGACAAAUGGAUGUGUCUUGGGCUACAAGGAAACUUUUCAAAGAUUGAGAAAGACGUCGGUCUGCAGAAAUGGACGCAACUACGUGGUCAGGAAGCAGCAAAAACUGUGUCUUUGCUCCAGAGAAGAUUACAUGUGUGAUUAUGGUUAUUACCACAAUGUAAGUAGCUCUGAAUGUGUGAAACUACCUGAAUCCACAAACAAAACACUGGAGCUCUGUGUAAGUGGGACGUUAAAGGAGCUUCAGACAACAGGGUAUCGAAAGAUCCCCAGCGAUAAAUGUAAGGGUGGUUUCAGCCCCCCACAGCAAAAGAAUGUGACCAAAAUGCAUUGUGGGAAUUCCAGCCAAGCUUCCACUACCGCACCUCAGCCUGACAGACUAGCAGGAGCAGUGAUGAAAGUGUGGGUGCUGAUCGUGAUCAGUGUCAGUGCAGGGACUGGAGCUCUGGCUAUUAUUAUUGCAAUUACUAUAACAGUCCAGAGGAUAAACAACAGACAAAGAUUAACAUCAUACCAAUUUUCUGCUCUUCAGCUGCAUGAGGAGGAAUUGUGCGUUGCCUCUGAGAGAAAUCCCAGCCCUACCCAAGCCAUCUACAAGGAAAAUUCAGAUGCAUUGCAUUCAAAUGAACCUCAGUAUUACAACUUUUCUAUGGAAUGAGUUCAAAAAAAACUUGGGGCUGAACUUCCAACUAGAUGUAAAUCAACUCCAAUUCUCAAAACAUACAUAAGUUCUUCUAAAACUAUAUGGAUUCCUACUAAAGGAACUUUUGAUAUGCUCAUAAAGCUGGCUAAUGUAUAUAUAGAGCAAAGAAAGCUAGUCUCCAUUCACCACAUGAAUAUGCAGCCAUAUUGCCAAAUUCUUAUUGGAAAAAAUUAGAAUGCAAAUGAAAAAAAUUGUUGCAUUUGUAUAAUAAUAUUAAUAACAAAGCUGCUUUACAAAAAACAUGGUGUAGAUACACUUUGUGAAACUUGAUAUCUUAAGAGGAAGGAGUCCAUCAGAUGGAGCAAUGGGUGAUAGUGCAGUUAUAAACUGGAGUUAAAACAGAAUUUAGAAAGUAGUAGGACACUGAUAAUAAUCUGGAGGGUUUCAUUUCAAUUGGAUCUCACACCAGAAGAUCUCAGGGGAGGAGGGCGAAUGGUACAGAUGCAAAUCAAGUGGGACAUACUGACUGGGAUGACAUGAAAGCUAAAUAAAACAUUUCAGUUCUCUUGGUUUUCAGGUAAUUCAAUUAGCCACUAUUUUUGCACAUCGUGCAUGAUAUCUGAGUCUGUUCCAUCAGAAUACAAAUGCUACAAGUUUGUUACAUUUAUGUGUUCUGCUUAACAUCAUCUGUAUGAGCAGAUUUUACUUAUUGCAAAAAACAUUACAAACUUGUUUAGAUGAAAAUGGACCUCACCAGCUGUUUGAUGACUUUGACCAAAAAACCCUUUGUGUGUAAAUAACAGUAAUGUAAAUCACAAUAAACAAAUUAAGCAAUUCAAAUGAUGUUAUGGACUGAUUGAAUAAGGUGGGUAACAUUCUCAAUAAUUGAUUAAUUAGAAGAUUAAUAGACAGGUAAGCUUUCAUUUUUGUUGACUUCCACUGGAAAACUUGGGCAGCUUAACCACGUUGUUUAAGUAAUGUACUCUUUAAUGUGGAUGUGGCAGAGUUAAAGAUGCUGAGAUUCAUUGGGAGUGACGAGGAUGGAAAUGCGUUUAUAAGAGGAAAUACACAUGUAGGACGUUUUGCAGACAAGGUCCUUGACCGUAUGAUUGACCACUAGAUUGAGAAGGUUCGGACAUGUGCAGAGGAUGGACACGGGUAUAAAGAGAUAAAGAGGGCCACGGAUGAGGUUUAUGGAUGUGGUGAGGGAAGACAUGUGGGUGGUUAAUUUGAAAGAGGCAAAUCAGAGCACGGAUAAGUAUGGAGAAGGAUGAUCCACUGUGAGGACCCCUAACAGGAGCUGCUGAAAGAAGACGAUGACUCUUUAAUGUGGUUCAGGAAGGUAAGACAGGUAGGUAAGACUGAUUUUUAUAAUUUUGCUCACCUAUAAAUUUUAGCAUCUGUAACAAAAAAGUGCAAUGGUCUAAGUUGCUGAACACAACUAAAUGAAAUCAUCACGAAUUAUGACUAACAUUCAUCUUUUAAACAAAUAUCUUCAGUGUAUAGAAAAAACAAUAGUAGUUUUGCUAUUCUAAUACUUUUGAAGGGAACUGUAUAUGGUUUACAGACUGGCAAGUUGGAAGUUGCAAUCAUUAAUAAAUGUAUUCAUGUGGAUUGUCAGUGACUUGCAUCCAACAUCAGCUCACAGCUGUUAAAUAUAAAACAAGAUUGUCUCUUGCUUUCCUCUUGUGAAACAAGAAAAGAAAUAUACUAAAUCAGUAUCAGUUUAAAAAGGUGGUUUGUGUGGAGUGCAAUUGAAUUUAUAGGUUUUUGUAAACCUUAUUUAUGACACUGUAAAUUUUAAAGCCACUAUACAAAUAAAAAUGUGAUUGAAUUACAGCAGGGACUUCAGAAGGUCGAGCAAUAAAAGCAUGAAGGUUCAAAUCCCACUAUCACCAAGCUGCCACUGCUGGGCCCUUGAGCAAAAGCGCUAAGACCACCCCCUGCUCAGUUGUAAGUCGCUCUGGAUAAGGGUGUCUGCCAAAUGCCGCAAAUGUAAAUGUAAGUCACAGAGAGCAAAGAUUUUCUUUACUCUGAUGUUUGAUACUUUUUGUGAGUUGGGGAAGAGGUUGGCUCAGGUUUCUGGGACUUCUCAUAAAGUCCAGCAAAAACUAACUAUUGUUUUCAUGUUGUC